GCUUUUCAUUACAAAAAGAAAAAUGGAAAUAGCUUUAAAGGAGAUAAUAAUUUGUAUUUCAUCCAAAGCACAAGUCUUAACUUCUUUGUCCAAAAUUCUGGCAGAAAAUAACAAAUAAUAAAAAAUAAGUAUAAUCUUCACAGGAAUUUUUAAAGGUUUAUUCUACCUCACUUUAUUGUUCUGUUACAAUGCCUUCAUCAAAAUGCAGGAAUUCAUAAAGCUUGCCUGAUAGAGGGCAGUUGAAUAAAAUUCACAGUUCAAAGUAUGACAGGAGCACAAACUGUUAAAAUAACAUUCAGAUUUAUCAGAUUAUCUCUUUAAUUUAAGUGUUAUAGAAAUAAGUUUAUUUUCACACAAAACAAAAUUUAUUCUCAUUAUCAUUCUAUUGCAAAAAGGAAAAGGAAUAAACAAUUUGACAAGCUGAAAAAUCAGCAAAGCAACUGAAAUUACUUUAAGGAUAACAUGUUCUAAAUGUCUAUUGUAAUAAACAAAACAAAAAAAUUGAAUAUGACUGUAUUAGAGUGUCUCUUCCCUUUCAUGGUAAAUUAUAUGGAAUAUGUUUUCAGAUUUCAAUUACAUUUUUAAAGCUUUAAGGAAAGAGCUCUUCUUUGUUGUUCUGAAAUACCAUUAAAAUAGAUUACUUAUGUUAAUUGAUGCAUAUUAAACAGUGACAACCGUUUUUUGUUUUUUGUUUUUUUGUUUUUUUCCUACUAAAGUGUAUAUCUUUGUACAUUAAAAACAAGGAUAUAUAAACUAGAAGUUAGAGACCAGAGGCCCAACUUGGGACCUGACAGGAUGGCUGGGCUGCCCUGCAGGAUCAUCAAGGAAACCCAGCUUUUGCUGGCAAAACCAGUUCCUAGAAUCAAAGCACAACCAUAUGAGAGCAACACCCACUAUUUUCACGUGGUCAUUGCCGGCCCCCGGGAUUCCCCCUUUGAAGGAAGGACUUUCAAACUUGAACUAUUUCUUCCAGAAGAAUACCCAAUGGCAGCCCCUAAAGUGCGCUUCAUGACCAAAAUUUGUCAUCCUAAUGUAGACAAGUUGGGGAGAAUAUGUUUAGAUAUUUUGAAAGGUAAGUGUUCCCCAGCUGUGCAGAUCCACACAGUUCUGCUAUCGAUCCAGGCCUUGUUAAAUGCUCCCAAUCCAGAUGAUCCACUAGCAAAUUAUAUAGAGGAGCAGUGGAAGACCAACGAAGCCCAAGCCAUAGAAACUGCUAGAGCAGGGACUAGGCUAUCUGCCAUUAAUAAUAUUUAAAUUGAUCCGAUCAUCAAGUAUGCAUCACUUCUCUUGUUCUGCCAAGACUUCUUUCUUUUGGUUUGCAUUUAAGGGGCACAGUCUUAGAAACAUUACAGAAUAAAAGCCCAGACUUCUUCAGUCAUUUGGUGAUUAAAUGCACGUUAGCAAAUCUAUGUCUUGUCCUGAUUCACUGUUGUAAAGUAUGAGCAGAGGCCAGAAGUGUCAUUUGGACUGUUGGGAAAUGUUUAAAAGCAGUGGCCCCUCUCUGCUUUUAUUCAUUACCCCAAUCCUGGUUUAAGUGUAAAGCACUGUGAAUUAAGGUAGUUGUCAGGUUAGCUGCAGGGGUAUGGGUGUUUUUCAUUUUAUUUUGUUUUAUUUUUUGAGGGGGGAGGUAGUUUUAUUUUAAUUCGUGAGCUCCUUUCCCACUUUUUUUGGUGAUCUAAUUGCAUUGGUUAAAAACAGCUAACCAGUUCUUUAGAAUAUGUUCCCUAGCCAGGUCUAACUUUAUUUAGAUGCUGAAGAUGGACAAACUUGAUUGUUUGAACCAGAAUGGGAAAGUUAAACAAACAUCACAGCUCUCAAUAAUAACACUAUGACUUUGCUGUCAAGUAUAGAUGACCCCCUUCAAAAAAACUUUGUGACCAUUUUGUAUGGCUUGUCUGGAAACUUCUGUAAAUCUUAUAUUUGAGUAAAAUAUUUUUUGUUAUUCUAAAAACUAAGUGAAAAUAAAAAUAAACUAAAAACUAAAUUCCACCAGAAUAAUGUAGAUCUUAGACUGAUUCCUUUUGGUGUUGAAUAUUUAAGGGAAUUACAUAAAAUCUUGAACAUAAAACACUUAAUAAAAUGAAUUUCUAUACUCAUUUCCAUAAAAAUAAAAUAUAAACAUCAACUUCAUCCAGUUUUUAAUGUACAGUCUCUCAAAAAUGUAUUUCUCAAAAAUUUUGGCUUAUAAUGGGUACAUGUUAUAAAUCAAUGUACAUGCAGUAUAUUUUUUCACAUUGUACAUUAUUAUUAUUAAUUUAUGAUAUUACUCAGCAGUAAAGUUCUAGGAUAAAAGAAAAACUUCUCGAGUAGUAACUAUAAAUUAUAAUAAUCUUUAUUCAUCUGAAUAUAUAUCAAUUUUUAAAAAAACAACAAAACCAAACAUCUUUCUAAUUUAUCUCAAAGUGUGGUUAAUUUGAAUUCCAUCAAAUCACUGGCAUUUCAGUAAUCACGUGUUUAGUUUCCUGUAUUUUUAAGAUAAAUACACAAUUAGUGUUAUCGAAUUAAUUAACAUUAAUUUUGUGUUUAACUGUUUCCAACUAAACAGUUUAGAAACAUCUUUUUGGUAAUAUCUUUUCACCCUCCCAGCAACCUUUCUGAUGCUGGUAACGUGAUUGUAUUUCUUUUUCUGAACAUGGAAGUAGAGGCUGAAGCAAGGUCCUUUUUCCUUGACUCGGCUUUCCUGCUUUCAAGCAUCAGGGUCUAUGCCUGAGGAUCCUCCUUGGGCUCUGGAACUGUCAAGUGCUGCUUUCACACGCAACAAGGACUUAUUUAAGAACUGUAACUUCCAUAUUAGAACUCUUUAUUAGAAUAUCAUACAGCAGAUAAUUCAGGUGGCUCUUUUGGUUAAAGGUGACUGGAAAAGUAUCACAGUCACAGCACUUGACAACAUCCUUGCUGUUUUAGAUAAGCUUUGUGAUCUGUUACGUUGGAACUAUCUCUAGACCUGUUCAUAUGAGAGGGCAGCAGAGCUUAAAGGUGAUGUGAGGUAUUGAAAACUUAUUGGUGUACCACAAAAUCACUGCAAGUUUGCAAGGUUCCAGAUUAAUAUUCUACCAUUAUAUGUUUUUUGUUGUUGUUGUUGGUUUUGAGAUGGAGUCUCGCAGUGUUGCCGGGGCUGGAGUGCAAUGGCGCAAUCUCGGCUCAC